AACUUUGGAAAAUUACCAAAAUUACUCAAGAGAAACUUGUCCCAUUAACCUUUGCGUUUGCUCGCGCGCAAAAGCGUAGUAUGGUCUGCUUCAAUACUGGUUCCAAAAGGGUUUGAUGAACUUAACUACCUGUAUUAGCGAUUUCAUAGUCUGUUUCAAAGUCAAGGAAAACAGAGGAUAAGGUAAAUAUACAUAGGAAAGAGAAAAGAUAAAGCAGAGUCAAAGAAAGGGUUGGGUGAGAGCUUGAAUUGUUGUCCUCUCUCUCUCUCUCUGCUUUAAAUUUAAUGCUUUCUCUUUCCCAAACAUUCCAUCUUCUCUUUGGUCCUUUUCAAGAUUCCUUUCGUUGUUUCUUAGCAAAGAUAAGGAUCCUAAAGACUUAAACUGAGGGGUUCCUUUUCAACAAUCCCAGAACCCUAGACCCAAACCAGAGAAUUGACUUCAUCUCGCUGUUCUCUUGCUCAUCGUCUGCACCUAAUCGCAAGUCCCGACAUGGGUUCAAUCAAAAACACAGUUCACUACUGUUGUGUCUCAAAAGACAAUCAGAUUCUAUACGCUUACAACAAUGCCGGAGACCACCGCAACAACGACAGUCUCGCUGCGUUAUGCUUAGAAAAGACUCCGCCUUUUCACAAGUGGUACUUCGAAACGAUGAGUAAGAGGACUUUUGGGUUCUUGAUGGAAGAUGGGUUCGUUUAUUUCGCCAUUGUUGAUGAUGUUUUCAGGAGAUCUAGCGUUCUUGACUUUCUUGAGAAUCUAAAGGGUGAGUUAAAGAAAGCUAAUAAGAAGAAUUCGAGAGGUAGCUUCUCUGGGAGUAUGAGUUUUAGCAAUGUUCAAGACCAGCUUGUCCGAAGACUCAUAGCUUCGUUGGAGACUGAUCUCACUUGUCUUCCAAUAUCCUCACCUUCCAUUGAUGGUGCUGAACAAAGCGACGCAGCUAAUUCAACGAAAGCUCCGCUUUUGGGAAGAUCCAAUAAGCAAGAGAAGAAGAAAGAGAGAGAUCAUGUGAACUCAGAGAGAGGCAUUGAGAUAGAGGAACACCGGAAAUCAAAUGAUAGAGGAAACGUUACAGAACGUUCUGAUUCUUCAUCUGCAGCAACUACAUAUGUUCCAAGAAGGGGACGAUCUGAGAGCAUUGAGAGGAAGUGGCGGCGUCAAGUGCAGAUUGUUCUUGCCAUUGAUGCAGCUAUUUGCUUGACGCUACUUGGUGUUUGGUUGGCUAUUUGUAAUGGCAUUGAGUGUACACGUUCUUGAUCAUUAACACGCUUCUCCUCUUCCGCAAAAUCGUCUUUCAGAUUCAAGCUCUAGUUUCAGUAUGUGACUUUAUGUUCUAUUUAUUCUUUCACAUGCCUUUUUCUCUCCUACAAUUGUAGUAUUGUUGAUUGUAUAUUAGGUAUAGGUCUCAAGUUCCUACCUUGGUUUUGUGUAUGAUAUGAUGCUUAUGUUGUUCAUAUGAUUGUUCAUAAAUAUUAGUUUGUUGCCGAGUGA